GGGUCAAGCGCAACGGUUCGAAAACGGUAACAAUGGUUACGCCAACGUUGAGACUAAUAUUCGUCAAGGGUCCAAGAGAAGGCGAUACACUAGAGUACAAACUCGGUUCUACGAUUCGUGUUGGUCGAGUCGUUCGUGGUAAUGAGAUCGCCAUUAAAGAUGCUGGAAUCUCCACUAAGCAUCUUCGGAUCGAAUCGGUUUCUGGGAAUUGGGUGAUUCAAGAUCUUGGAUCUUCCAACGGUACUUUAUUGAACUCGAAUGCUCUUGAUCCGGAGACGCCGGUGGAUCUCGGAGAUGGCUAUGUUAUCGAAUUCGGUGAGUAUACAUCUAUUGUGGUGAAUUUUGUGAUUGAUGAUGUUUUGGAGGAGAAGCCUCCGAGGAACAAUAGGCGUCAGGCUAAUGCGAGGAAGCGAAUUAGGGUUUCUGAAAGUAGCAAUUUGGAUGUGAAAAUUGCGAAUAAGCCGAGUUCUAGGGUUAGGAAAGUUAGGAAGAUUGAGGAAUCUGACAAAUUAGGGGAACUUCUGGUAGAGAAAAACGGAAACUUUAUUAAUGUUGAAAGUAUCCAGAGUUUAUGUGUGAACUCAAUUAAAGUGGAAAUUGAGGAUUGUGCAAUGGUAGAGGAAAAUUCAGGGAGGGUAGUGGAUGAGAGAGUGAAUAGUAAGGCUACAAGGAGCAAGAACAUUGGAAUUGCAGAAAACCUGGUUAAUGUAGAGAAGGAAGAGACUUUAAAGGAGAAAAGGAUUACAAGGGCUACCAGAAGCAAGAAGAUUGAAAUUGUUGGAGAUUCUUAUAUGGAGUUGGAAAUGGUUCUAAACCGAGCCAGAAAGAACAAAGGGAAGAAGAAGAGAGUAGAGCAGAAGCCGUUGAAGAGCUUCGAAGAUGAUGGGGAUACUGAUGCUGGAGAGCAGGAUUUAAGCUGUCAUGUUGAAGAAGAUAUGAACAAUGAACUUGAUACAGAUCUAAGAAAGAUGACAUUAGGAGCAUUGUUCAGUUUUCUGGAGGGUCAUCUGUCAAAAGAGAUAAAUCACGAGACAGAAAGUAUGAUUGAGCCCAUGCGAAGUAAAACUCAGAGAGUUCGUGAGUAUAUCGCGGAGCAGAGAAGAGUUCAAGAUAAAGCGUGUGUGUGUUGAAUUGAAAAAAUGUGCAACUGAUAUGGUGGACACCUAUGUUUGGUAUAGCUUCACUUCAUGAAAUAAGAAGCACAUACUGAUAGGUACAAGUUUUCUUAUGAUGUGGAUCUUAAUGUUGUGGGCUUGGCUGUGUUGCUUAGAGUUUUCACUGCAAUGAUUUACUUGCAUUUGCUUUGCGCGUGAGACAAAGUAAACGUUUAAGUGCUGA